AUACUGGAAAUGCUAUCAAUGCUUUGCUGCAGGAUAUGUAACUGGUCUGUGUUGCUGUCCAUGUCCAGGUUAGUUAUAUAAAUGUUGGGUGUUUGCCUGUAACCACUGCAAUCAGGCAUCAUGAAAUUUGUGAUCUUGGCUCUGUUCAUUGCUGGCGCCUACGGUUGUGGGCAGCCCACCUAUAAACCUGUCGUCUCAAGGGUGGUGGGUGGAACUGAUGUUAAACCUAACAGCUGGCCAUGGCAGGUAUUGUGUAUAUUACACUGUAAAAAAUGAUGAUUAUAUAUUUUUUAAGUUUAUUGUAGUACAUUUUACAAGAAAAUAUUUUGGUCAUUCUACUUACAAAUUGUUUAAUUCUUUGUAUUACUUGCAAUUAAAAAAAAAAAAAAAUAGUAGUAUCAAAAGUAGUACUACUCAAAGAAGUAUCUUUUGUCUUUCUCUCUCCUCAGCCAAUGGUCCCACUGAUGAUAUCCUGCAGCAGGCUUUGCUCCCUGUUGUGGACUACGCUACCUGCACUAGGUCUGACUGGUGGUGCAACCCUGUGACUGUGAUAUUCCACAUUUCCUGUUGACAAAUUUAAGACAUACUCAGAUAUUUAAACUGGCCUCUUCUUUUUCAGGUGAUGACCUCUUAUUAAAGUGUGGAAGUUGUGGUUAUUUCAAAAUCAACAACAACAAAAUAAAUGUGUAAUCAAUAAUCAACAGCCAUUUUGUCUGCUCUUGGCCUAAAAGAAGAAGAAGAAGAACAUUAAAAAGCAUUAUUUUCCCCUUCUUUUUGUCAUGGUGGUGUUUGUAUUACCAUUGGCAUAAUCUAGAUAUUUCCCCAAUUAUAGGCCUAUCUAUUGUAGAUUACUAGAUUAUUAGUUAGGUUGUAGGCUAGUGUAGUGGAUUGCAGUUUCACAACUAGACAGUAAAGACAAACUUUAAUAUUUGCAAAGGAAAGCCUAGUCUGAAAGUCUAAAAUAGUUAAAUAAGAUGUAAGUUUGUAGUAGCUAAGUGUCAUCAUUAUACACUUACACUUCACACAUAAAACUGUUAACUCGCACCACCAAAAUACACUGGCUUUCGGACAACAGAAAAUUACUUAGAAAUUCCUCUCCAAAAAAAAAAAAAAAAGUCAAUAAGAAUAAGUGCUCUCUUUAUUUUAUUUUUCAUUUAUUUUGACAACGCGCCCUGUGCCCAAGUUUCCAAGGCGGAAGAUUUGCGUCUGUUCACCCAGACUGAACGGACUGCAUGCUGGGUUGAAGGUGGUGCUCCACGGCGGUGCUUCACGGCCUUGACGUUACCAUGACACUCGUACACAACCUAUUUAGACCAAAACAUGCCUUUGUACACAGUUUGGACAUAUGAAAACUCAUACUGCAGGUUGAAAUGAGGGGUUACCUCAAAACUUUAAACUGGGUAUUUAAACUCCAGCCUAAAAGCACCACUAUAGGAAGGCACAAAGACUCUGACCUCUGUCUACAGAAUAGUGGGGUGGAUGAAUGUCAUGCCACUGUUGACUGGUGUGAAGCAGACGGCUGCUAUGUUAUCCAUGACUUAAACUCUGCCCACGGGACCUACGUCAAUGACUGCCGGAUACACAAUGCCACUGUGCGUCUCUCUCCAGGAGACCAGCUUCAUUUUGGCUAUGGAGGAUCAACCUAUGAGCUCUGCAUUGACAUCGAGAAAUCAUUUCCUCUUCUGGCUGCCCAUUCUCCUGUUCCCCAGGUCUGGGUACGAGCUCGGACCACUGUUUCUCCCCAUCCUCCCACCAGACCUCGCCCCAUGAGUGCUGGGUCUAAACGGGGUCCAAAUGCACCUGAUCGAAAAACCCAAUCUAGCAGACCAGGAAGCUGGAGUGGUAACACAGGCAGACCAUGUUAUCCUAUAAGUAAGACUCAACCUAACAAUUCUUAAAGCAUUCAUGUCUUCCCAAUGGAGAAGGAGCAGAGGUUGCAUCGGCUAGGAGAUGGACACGUUCGUGUGUCUGUGUGCUUUGAGGAUGAGUCCCAAAGGAAGGAUGAUGCGAUCAUGGCCCUGAAGGAGGAAGUGUCAGCUCUCAGGCUCCAGCUGUCUCAGAAGAAGCAGGGUGAUCCAGAUGUCACAUACAGACUUUGCUGCCUGGAGAGUGACAUCAAAGAGAAGAAAGAUCAGAUACAACAGCUAAAGCAGCAGAUGCUGGAACUUCAGAGAUGUUCUGGAGAGAUGCUGGGACAGGCUGUGACUGAGAGAGAUCAGAAGAUCAGCAAUCUUUUGGAACAGAUGGAUAAAGUGAAGAAUGAAAAUAAUUCAUCUGCAGAAUUGGUUAGCAGUUUGAAGAAAGAUGUGUCUGCUCGAGAGAAACAGGAGGUGGACAAGCUUAGACAAGACGUGAGAUACAAAGAUGCCAAGCUCACAAGCAUGAUGGACAAGGUGUUGGACUGUUUACUGCGCUAAUGGAACAGAUGGAGAUGUACAAAACAAAAGUGCAUGGCUUUGAAAUGAAACUCAAAGAGGAAGCUCACACACAGAGGGAAAUGUUGGAUGAGACCCAGAAAUUUAGAGCUAGACUGCAAGAAUGUCAGAGACGAGUGCAAGACAUGUGCAUUGCAGACACAGUGCUGAUG